UGCAGUUCAAGGCACCGCUCCAAGAUGUCGUUCCGAUCCUCGCAUGGCACAGCGGUUGGUGCAAGAACCGAAUAAUGCUGGCGUCGGGUCGGGCGUUUGGUGGCGUCUCCGUCGUGCUCACGAAGGCCACGGUGUCUCCACGCGACGCCACCACGUACACGCUGACCGUGGUCAACAAAGUCACCCAUGCCACGUGCACCAUCUCCAAGUCCGACGCCGACUUUGCCGCGUUUCGCCAACGAAUAUGCAUCGCGUUGGACCAUGGCCACUCGUGUUCGGCAGAGUGCCCGUGGAUGUACUUUCGCGUGCUCGAAGCAAAGCCCCGUCGUCUGUUGUUUGUGCGGUCAAAAGACCCUCGACACGUCCAAGCGAACCUUGCGACCCACCAAGAGCUGCUCAUCACGCUGCUCAAGUUCAUUCGGACGCCGCGGAAUCAAUCGUGUGGUCGGGCCUCGUCAGUGGUGCCACAAGAGCUUGUCCGCUUUCUCUUUGUUGGAAUGGACGGCUAUGAUGUGACUCUCUUUGCUGCGUCGCCGUUGUCCAAAUAUCCCGCAGUCGCCACGUCCAAGGGUGCCCUGUCCGAUUGCUCCAUCUGCAAGACAUGCCUAGAUCGAGACGACCCGGCGUCCGCCGCGCUGACGACCCUUCCAUGUGGCCACGUCUUCCAUGACGACUGUAUUCUCGAUGCGUUGCACCGGCACUUGGUCUGCCCAAAUUGUGAUGAACUGACAGACGGCGAAAGCACCGACAACAACAGCGUCGACGACAACAAUAGCGACUUAGAUCUCGCUUAACGCUUAUGAAGUUCCUAUUUAGCCUUGAC